AUCAACACUACCUUAGCUACAUUUAUCAAAAGUCUGUCAAAACCAUUUUUUAAAUCCUGAAAUGAUGCAUCAUUUUUAAAAAAAAUUAUACGUUCUCUCUUCUUUCGACCACUUUGGCACUCAAAAUUCGCAAUCUAAAUCCAAAAACAGCUGAAAACCAACUAGCCCUAAAAGCGUUACUAUGACGAAUCGACUGGCCUUGCACCACAUCCUGACCACCCAGCUGCGAAAGGACUGGGAGCAGGAGGACAAUGCCAAGUCCAGGCUGUCGCAGCUGGCCAGGAGGGACAGGAUCAAGGCCUCGCUGAGAUCGACCCAGAUGCCAGGACGAUACCUGAUGCCCGAUACCCGCAAGACCUACGACAAUAUGGUGGCAAGGAUUCACUCGACAAUGAAGUCGGUUCGAUCACCUCGAAGACCUCGGCCAACAGUUCCGCUGCCCAUAGCGAGGAUUCCGACUCCAACUCCAGGCGUAGCCCCACCAUUGCCAUCGAAAGUAGUGUUCAAGCAUCUGAAACGCAGCAAAUCGGGCCGCAUAAAGGGCGGCGGCAACUCCUCGAAGGCGGGCAGCGCCCAGAGAAUUGCCACCAAAAGCAAUGACAAGCCUUUGGCGGCGAUCAAGGCCAGUUUGAACCAGAGGUCAAGGGGAUCCAGGGGCUCCAAGGGCUUCGAUCAGCACAGCCGGAUUCGAGAGGUUAUCCAACAGAAGACCGUGCUGGAAACCAUGUUGCUGCAGCACAAGAAGUUGCAAAGGGAUCGGCGGACCAUUGCCCUGGAUAUCCAGCGGAUGCGGGCUGACCUGGACAGGAUUCGCACCAAGUUGGACACUUCCCUGCAGAGCUUGAACUCCACGCGCACCCUCUUCAGUGCCGCCAGCAAGGCGAAUCCCCAGAAGGCGGCUUCCGUCCCCCAGAAGCCCGCGCACAACAUGGUGACCCCGACCCAGCGCCGCUCUGGUGGAAAGCGAAAGGUCAGGAGCAACGCCAUCCCGAUGGUCCGGCAGAGCGCGCUGGCCAACAAGACACCCAUCCUCAAGCGCCGAGUUCGUUAA